AAUUAUUUAUUCAACUGAUUAUUUAUAAGUUGAUUAAUAUAGCCAAAUGUGAACGACCAAUUGUGGUUCACAAGCAAAUGAACAUGUUUCUUUGGCGCUCGCUGGACCCAAAAUCCAUGAGUCUACAAAGUCGUAUCUUUUUCGACUGUAUCAAGAGAUUGAAAAGUUCACAACAAUGGUUAAGUCGUCAGAGAUCAGAUCCAUACGUAGAAAAGGCUAAAAUUUAUAACUAUAGAUGUAGAAGUGCAUUUAAAUUACUGGAAAUUAACGAAAAGACUCAAAUUCUUCGACCUGGCUUAACGGUUGUGGAUCUCGGUGCUUCACCUGGCUCAUGGACUCAGGUUGCUGUACAAAAAACAAAUGCUGAUGGAGCAGAUCGUAAUAAACCAAGAGGAACUGUGUUGUCUAUUGAUAAGUUGCAAAUACAUCCUAUUGAAGGAGCCACAAUAAUGACCAAUCUAGAUUUUUCUACUAUAGAAGCACAUGACACGGUUGUUGAACGUCUUGGUGAUGGUAAAGUUGAUAUUGUCCUCUCAGAUAUGGCACCUAGUGCUACAGGUGUCAGAGAACUCGAUAAAGACAGAAUUAUAGGUCUUUGCUAUAUGGCUAUUAGAUUUGCUGCAUUAGUGUCAAAGAUAGAUGGUAAUCUAUUAUUCAAAGUGUGGGAUGGCAAAGAAGUGCCCAUGUUGGAAAUGGAUUUAGCAAGAUUUUAUAAACAUAUAAAAAUCUUGAAACCAAGUGCAAGUAGGUCUGAUUCAUCAGAGAAAUUUGUCCUUGCAAGAGGCUUUAAUGGUAUACAAAAGCCCUUGAAGAAUGGUCAGUGGAGUUAGGACGUACUACAUAAUGUUAUAGUUUAGUUAAGUAUGGUUUCCAUAAAAAUAUUGCUUUGUGAAAUAUCAAUGAUCUUAAGAAUUUGUCAUAAAAAAUCUAAGUUAAUUUAAGAUUAUAAUAAUUUGGAAUAAGUUAUUUAUUAUUUUUAUAUAUAAAACAACUAUAUUCAUAUUAUCAAUAAAUAAUGGCACAAUAAUUUGUAGGGAGAGGUCAAUAAUGUUUAAGAUCAAAAAGAAACAUUUACAAAGACCAAUAUUUAUUUAUUUAAAAGCAUAUUCAAGCUUUUGUUAAUAUAAUUUACAAUUUACCCUAGAAAUAAAACCUGUUAGCUUAAUAUCUAAACUUUGCUUAUAUUUUAUUAUUGAAAUUAUUAACAUAUAUUUUUGUUUUUUUUUUAAUGUUUAAAGUGCUUGUUACACUUUUCUUAACACUUUCAAUAUUGAAUCAAGAUAUUGCUUUACAAAAUGAACAAACUCAUAAUGCAAGAGUUAAGUUCACUGUGACUGUUAUUAAUAAGUGUUUGCAAUAUUAUACAAAGAAUGUACAUAUUUAUAGUACAAAUUAUAAUUAUUAGUAAAUAAUAGCUCUAGGUUGUAUACUAUUUUGUUAAAUAAAUUACUAAAAUAGUGACUAUGUUGUGCAAUAGUUAACCAAUUUAUCUCUUAACUUCAAGUUGUACAGUCAGCAGCAUGCUAGGUUAUACAAAACUGACAAAUUUCUCCCACUCAAUUUUAAACCUUAAAACAUUAGAGUAGAUGUCAAAAUCCAUUGUUGAAAUUUGACAUUACCUUUAUUUUAACUCCAGGAAUAUUGCAAUAAUGCUAACUUUUGAAAUAAUACUCAUGCCUUUAGCAAAAGACUAAUAAUAGUCUUUGUUAAUGCUAUAAAAUGUAGACAGAAAUAUUCAUGAAAUAAAAAAAGUAAUUGACUUUUUGGACAUCAAUACUUGCUAUGAAAAGAAUUUUUUUAUGCAAGAACUGCU